AGCUGACUUGUGAUUUAAGUGAUGGAAGACUCUGAAAUUACUGAUCAGCUGUCACCAAAUAUCACAAGUACUGAGAUGGAUUUCAUGGAUGUGGAUGACACUGGUGGGGGCAACGAGAAACUGUUUCCUAUGGAUGUGGAUUUGAGAUCAAUACCAUCUCUAAAAGAUGGAGGGCAUGCAGAGCCACCAGUGCUAGUUCCAGUUGGCAAGUCUCCUAUGGAUGUGGAUUUGAGAGCAAUACAAUCUCUGCAAGAUCCAUCAGUAAAAGUCCCACUUGACAAGAGCAUUGCAAGCCUAGAGAAGCUCUGCAAAGAGGCAUCAAGGUCAUUUUUCAGGGAAACCAGGCUAGUUAGCCAUCAGAUAAACUCCUACAAUGAUUUUGUCUCUCAUGGGCUUCAAAAGAUGUUUGUUUCUUUGGAGGAAGUUACUGUUGAUCCUGAUUAUGACCCUUCGAAGAAAGCAGGUCCCUGGAGGCAUGCAACCAUCAAGUUUGGUCGAGUGGAACUUGAGGAGCCAGUGUUUUGGAGUGAUAACACUGAUCUUGAUGAGCAGACACUCAAACUGAAGCCUAAACAUGCUCGCCUCCAGAAGAUGACAUACUCUUCAAAGAUGAAAGUAGAAAUGACUGUUCAGGUCUAUUCACUUGACAAAAGCGACAAGGCUAAAACUGGCGAUGACCCAUUUAUCCAAAGAAAAGAUAUAAUGAAAGAAACUAAAUGGGUCACCAUUGGCAGAUUACCUGUCAUGGUGAAGUCAAAUUUGUGCUGGCUGCAUAAACUUCAGGAAAGUGAAUGCGAGUAUGAUUUUGGUGGAUAUUUUCUGAUCAAGGGAAUGGAAAAGGUAUUCAUUGCUGAAGAGCAGAAAGUCUUGUCCAGGAUUUGGAUCAAUGACAGACCCAUCUGGGAGGCUUGUUACCAGCGGUCUCAAAUCCAACGAGAAAAGAUUUCUGUUAAACUUGUUCAGUCUAAUGAUGGUUUCAGAAAAGUCAUUAACCUAUACUUCUUGAGUGCAACUAUACCAAUCUGGAUAAUGUUUUCUGCACUAGGUAUAUCGUCAGACAAGGAAGCUUUUGAUAUUAUUGACAUACCAGAAUGCUAUGCUUCCGUGGCCAACAUAAUAUCAUCUACCAUAACUGAAUCUUAUGAGAAGUGCGAAGGCUUUCAUGGAGGAGAUAGAGCCAGUCAAUACAUUGAUAAGUUGAUAAGGAAUACAAAGUUUCCACCAAAAGGAUCCUUUGAUGAGUAUAUUGGUAGGUACAUGUUUCCUGAUGUAAGUGGGAAUAGGAGCAAGGCACUCUUCUUGGGAUACUUGGUGAGAUGUCUUCUGAUGGCUUACUCCGGCAAUCGGAAGUGUGAUAAUAGGGAUGAUUUCCGUAACAAGAGGCUGGAUCUGCCAUGUGAGUUGCUCCAGAGAGAGCUAUGGGGACAUGUUAUGCAUGCCAAGAGACGCAUGGUCAAGGUCAUGCAGAGACAUCUGAAUGGUGGUGAUGACCUACAGCCUCUUGAGCGUUAUGUCGACGCAUCAAUUGUCACUAAUGGUCUCAACCGUGCCUUCUCCACUGGUUCUUGGCGCCAUCCAUACAAUAAAAGUGAGAGGUGUUCAGGGAUUGUUGCAACCCUUAGGAGAACAAAUCCUCUUCAGAUGAUGUCUGACUUGAGGAAGACACGGCAAUGGGUUGCAUAUGCUGGAAAGGCUGGAGAUGCUAGAUAUCCGAACCCAUCGUAUUGGGGGAAGAUAUGUUUCUUGUCCACUCCUGACGGCGAAAAAUGCGGAUUUGUGAAAAAUCUGGCUGUUACUGCUAUUGUUAGUUGUUCUGUAAGGGAGCCCUUGGUUGACAUGCUUGUUUCUUGUGGGAUGAAGAAACUAGAUGGACUUCUUCUACAAGAGAUUAGUGGGAAAGACAGAAUCUUCUUGAAUGGAAGUUUGGUUGGAGUGUGCCCAGACCCGGACGAAUUUGCUUUGCGUUUUAGGAGCAUGAGGCAUAGCAAACAAAUUGAUCCACAGGUGGGGAUCAAAAGGGACAGGCAAGACAAAGAAGUUCGCAUAUUUUCUGAUUCAGGAAGAAUUCUAAGGCCUCUCCUUAUCGUUGAAAAUCUAAGGAAAAUCAUGAAACCGAAAGAUGGGUCAUACUCUUUUCAGGAACUUAUGGAUCAAAAUAUAAUUGAGCUGAUUGGUGUUGAGGAAGAGGAGGAUAUCCGAUGUGCUUGUGGAAUUAGGCAUCUCUUUGCAGGGGAUGAAGAGGAGAGUUUCUCAUUUUAUACUCAUUGUGAACUUGACCCUUCCUUCUUGCUAGGGUUGAGUUGCAGUAUCAUUCCCUUUGUGAACCACAACAAUGCUAAGAGAAUUCUAAUGCAAGCUGAAAAGAUAUCACAGCAGGCUAUUGGAUACUUCACUACAAAUCCUCUCUUUAGAGUUGAUACACUUUCCCAUCAGCUCUAUUAUCCACAGAAACCUCUGUUCAAAACUGUAGCUGCUGACUGUCUUGGUAAGAGAGACUACAAAUCUGGAAGCAAACAUGACUUUGUCAGACCAGAGUAUUUCAAUGGCCAAAAUGCAAUAGUCUCAAUCAGUGUUCAUCAGGGAUUUAACCAAGAGGAUUCUCUGGUGAUGAACAGGUCCUCUUUAGAGCGUGGCAUGUUUCGGACACAACAUUUCAAAAGCUAUAAAGCACUGCUAGAAAACAAAGAGGUCACCAAACGAUUGAAAUACAAGGAAAAGAUCAAUUUUGGAAAAAUUCCUAGCAAGAAAGGCCGGGUUGACAGUUUAGAUAUUGAUGGCUUACCAUAUUUAGGAGCAAGUCUUCAGACUAGCGACAUUGUCAUUGGAAAGGUCUCAGAUUCUGGUGAAGAUCACAGCAUCAAGCUGCUGCAUACUGAAAAGGGGAUAGUGGAGAAGGUUGUACUUUCAGCUAAUGAUGAUGGGAUGAAUUCUGCAAUUGUUACUCUAAGACAGUCUCGCUCGCCUUGUGUCGGAGACAAAUUCGCCAGCAUGCAUGGCCAAAAAGGAGUUAUUGGUUUCUUGGAUUCCCAGGAGAACUUCCCCUUUACUCAGCAAGGCAUAGUUCCGGACAUUGUGAUCAAUCCCCACAGCUUUCCAACUCGUCAGACUCCUGGACAGAUGCUUGAAGCUGCACUGGGUAAAGGAAUUGCCCUCGGCGGCACGGUCCGGUAUGCCACACCAUUCACCUGCCCUUCUCUGGAAGUGAUCACAGAGCAGCUGCACAGGGCUGGAUUCUGGAGGUGGGGAGGGGAGAGCGUGGUGAACGGGCGCACCGGCGAGCGGAUGAGGUCGGCGGUGUUCAUGGGGCCGACGUUCUACCAGCGGCUCACCCACAUGGCGGAGGACAAGGUGAAGUUCCGCAGCGGCGGGCCCGUCCACCCGCUCACCCGCCAGCCCGUGGAGGACAAGCGCCGCUACGGCGGCGUCAAGUUCGGCGAGAUGGAGCGCGACUGCCUCCUCGCCCACGGCGCCGCCGCCAACCUCCACGAGCGCCUCUUCCUCCUCAGCGACCUCUCGCGCCUGCACGUCUGCGCCGCCUGCCGCCGCUUCGCCGGCGUCGUCUCCCGCCCCGCCGCCGGCAGCCGGCUGCGCGGCGCCUACUGCGGCUUCUGCCGGUCGGCGGAGAACCUCGUGCGCGUCGCCGUGCCCUACGGCGCCAAGAUGCUCUACCAGGAGCUCUUCGCCAUGGGCAUCUGCCUCAAGUUCGACACGGAGCUCAUCUAGAUCAUCGCGUCGACCUGCUUCGCCUUCUGACCUUCUUGCGAUGGAACGAUGGAUGAAAAAUGGUUUUUUUUAAAAAAAAUAGUUUUUUUGAAAGAAAAACAUAGUUUGAUUGAUUUUUCUCAAAAACAAUUUAAUUUUAGUCCGGUGAGGAGAGUUGACAGUUUACCCGUUCUUUUUAAGUUUUAAUUGGGACUUGUGGAUAUUAUUGGGGUUUGUUAACGGGCCAAAUUUGAUUUGGUUCUCUUUUUGAAACUAAACCGGCAAAAAUACUUCAAUUAUAUUUUAUUAAGAAAAAGUAAAGCUUUAAGUUGUUUUGAAUCUACGUGUUUAGACUUGUUGUGCAUUUGGUGUCGAGCUACUGCUAUUUACUUACAUAUAUUUACAUUGCUGGUAAAGAUAUGUGUAGUCACGGAACGGGAACAACUAACAGUUUGAAUUAAAUUUAGCUACUUAGAAAGUUAUUUAUUAUGAGUUAGUAUUAUGUAUAUGCGCU